AUGGCAUUUUUCAAUCUGAAAUUUAUUUUGGCAUUUGGUUACUGUUCUAUUUCAUUUGUUAUCUAUACACUUUUAAUUAUAAUGCUAUUGAAAAAUUGGAAAGAUUUUAAAAGUGCAUUCUUUCGUAUUGUAAUCGCUGACUAUUUUUUCAACCUAUUAACAUGGUUGAAUUCAAUGAUAACCCUCCGGAUUCCAAAUGGAACUUGCAAAGAUUGUGUACUUUCGAAUUUAUUUGCUAGUUUGGGAAAAGAUAAUCAAUAUACAAGUAGUUUCCUGUUUUUCUGCUAUUUUUUACAUUUUGGAAAUGCGUAUUUUCAAUAUUUUAUGGUGACUUUGAUGUCUCUCAACAGGACAACUUCCAUAUUUUUCUACUUUGUGAAUGAAAAAAUCUGGAAAUUCUUGUUCCCCUUUUCCAUCGUCCUCAUCAUUGGAAUAACUACUUUCUGUGCCCGAACAAUUCUUGCCACGUCACCAUAUUAUUUGUACAACGAGGUGUUGGAUAUGUAUUAUAUUAAGUCGGACUCGAACAUCCUCCCGGCCUACUACAAUAUCCUGUAUUUUAUGGCAUUUUCAGUUGCAUCAUCCAUUUUUCUGAAUGUUAUAGCUGUAAUUCGUCUUAAAAUGAUACAAAACCAAAUAUCCUCAGUUGAGCGAAAUUUGCUUUUGGUAACCAUUUUUUCGUCGAUUAUUCAGUGUUUUGCAGCAGCGAAUACGUUUAUCCUCCAAAUUGAUGUCCAGCGAGCCACAAUUUUGGGUCAGGCGGCUCAGAUUAUGCUACCAUUUGCAAGUGACUUCUUAACCAUUUCACAACCCUACAUUCUACUAUUUGUGAGCUCUAAGGUUCGAACUGGAUUUUUUGGGAUGUAUCUCAAGAAAUAUGAGAAAAGCAUUAAUUCAUGGGGAUUUUCAAAAACCGGAGGGUUUCAAUCGGGGCCAGCUUCGAGAUCAACUUCAAAAGUCACGAGAUUUUAA